UGGAUGCUAACAAGAGUGCUACGAUGCUAGCACGCUAGUUGGUUAUAUUUGAUGAAUCAGACAUUUAAUCGAGUAGUUCGUUGUUUGCGCUAGCACAGGAUUAAAUCUUAUCGUAAUGAAUCGAUGCACGCAUUCAGUUUUUCGCAUUUCGAGCAUAUUUUUGCAGAGCCUUGCUCACAAAUAGGAACGCUAUAGCGUGCUAGCUUGUUGUUAGCUUCGGACAAAUCUGGUGCAGAAAGGCAGAUUCUUGUUUAGAAGUCAUUGUUCGUGAGCGGAAUUUUGGAUCAUGCAGCUUCAUCACAUAUCUGCAGAUAUUUAAAGUUUUUAACGAUGCUUCUGUAGCAGUAUGAAUUUAAUAUAAGAUACACUGAAUCAGUUGAACAGACGUUUUAAUGUACUUUUCCUAAAUGACCUUAUCUUUGUUAUUUAAAAAGAUUAACUGGUAGUUUGUACCAGUUGUUUAAAAUUAUAACUUUAUUACUGUCAUAAAGGUGAAAGUGUUUAUCUGUGAUCAUGGAUAAGAAAUCAUUUGACAUUGUUUUGGAUGAGAUAAGAAAGUGCGUCCUGACCGAUCAGCGGAUCAAAGCGAUUGAACAGGUGCAUGGCUAUUUUUCCAGUGAACAGGUGAUGGAGAUCCUGAAGUACUUCUCGUGGGCAGAGCCGCAGAUCAAGGCAGUGAAAGCAUUGCAGCAUAAAAUGGUUGCAAUCCCUACAACCAAAGUUGCAAAUAUCCUGAACUGCUUCACCUUCUCAAAGGACAGACUGGUUGUGCUGGAACUGAUAGCUUUGAAUAUUUCAGACGCUCAAAACUAUCGUCCUGUGGAGGAUCUGUUUCGCAUACAUGUGUCAGAGAAGAAGCGAGCUCGCAGGAUACUUGAGCAAGUGUGUAAAGUUGGCUGCAAGGCACCUGUCGCCAUGAUAUCAUCCUGUGGCAUGAUACCAGGAAAUCCAUACCCUAAAGGAAGGCCCAGCUUGGUCAGUGGUACCUUUCCGGGAAUCCCUCCAGUGAAGAAAGAAGCUGAGAAGAAAGAUGACACCUCUAACAGUCUGGAUGGAAAAGGAAUUGCCUCUCGGAUUAUCGGACCGUUCAAACCAUUUCCUUCAACUUACAACCCCCAUCGGCCUGUGCCCUACCCCAUCCCACCGUGUCGACCACAUGCUACCAUUGCACCAAGUGCGUACAACAACGCAGGCCUUGUUUCUAUGGGAGGGGUUAUAACAGCCAACGUGCCCCCUCCCCCCUACAGCUCCACCCACAAAAUAGCAGGUUACGCCAAACCAGGCAAUCCACAGAUCACCACACCUGGAGUCAACAGCGGGCCCCUCCUCAUUCCUCAUGGAUCCACCCCUUCUACACCUGUCCAACCCCAGGCUUCUCCCGCUCAGCCGACUCCCACAACCCCCAUCACUCCAGUUUUCCCCGGCAUGGUGCCCUCUCAUAACCCUAAUGCCCCCUCUCCCUCCCCCGCUCCUUCUCCGUCUGUGAUCAAGGCAGGGCCACAGACCCCUGGUGGCCAUGCUACACCCACACCCUCAUCUGUCAUCAAAGCCCACACCCCUUCAGGUACUCCGUGUGGAACUCCUGUCCCAGGCAGUGGUGGCUUCACUUCGUCUCCUUUUCAUGGUGUUUCCAGACCAGCUACUCCUGCUACCUCUCGCAGCGGGACAGACCCCUUAUCGCAGACCAACUCAACUCAGCAGAGGGGUUUUCCCCAGUCCAUAGACCACCAGUUAGGAUCUGCGCACCCUGGCAUACACCCACAAGCAGGUAACCCCUCUGGGUCAGUGAUCCGGAGCUACACACCAUCUGGACCACAAUCUCUCCCUCAUGGAUCAUCCAACCCAGCUAUUCCGAGCUGUUCCACCCCAGGCCCCAGUCCCAAACCUUCCCCGGUUCAUCCCACACAGGUUCAGGCCGCCAUGGCCGCAGCAAUGAACAGACAUUCAGGGGGAAGUAACAGCGGCAGUAACAGCCCUGUGCCCUCAGCUUUCAAGGGUGCCUCUCGCUCUGGCACGCCAUCCGUUAGCUCUCUGGUGGUCCAGGGUUCUGCACAGGCUGCCUUGGCACGUUCCUUUGGUUUGUCACAUCCUUCAGGUUCUCCUCAAGCCUCUCUCACCAGUCCUGUUGCCAUCCCCAGCCUUCAGGCUCUGUCCUCCAGCCCAGCACCCUCACACUAUCCCGGCCUCUCCCCCUUUUCCUCCUUAACAUCCACGCUCCCUCCUUCAACCAUCUCUGCAUCCAUGCCAGCAAUUCCCCCCACCAGCAGCAUCUCUAAUCAUCCUCCCACCUCCAUCUACCCAGGACUGGCCCCCAACGCUGCCCCCAAUUCUGCCUCCCCAUUUGGUCUAGGCCUCACCUCUGCCCCCUCGAUAUUCCCAGGCCUCCCACCCGGCCCGAGCCCCGCUGCCUUCCCGGGAUUGGGAGUUUCAGGAGGACAUGGUGCAGGUAGCCCUGUGCUGUCUUCAUUCAUGGGACUACCUGGGGCAACUCCGUCUACAGUAGCAUCAGUGGCACCGCUGCAGGCUGCCGCCGCCGCAGCUGCUGCUGCUGCUGCUGGAGUUCCAUCUUCAUCCCCAGUUUUACCAGGAUUUGCAUCGGCAUUCAGCUCUAACUUCCAACCAGGGUUGAGCAGUGGACUCCAGCCUCCAGGGAGCAGCGGCUUCCCCGGCUUGCUGUCCUUCCCUGGAGUACCAGGCUUCUCUCCCUCGGCUUCUCCUGCUGCUGCUGCACUUGGUGGCCUCCACAACCCGAGCAUGCAGUCUGCCCUACUGCAGGCUCAUCCCACGUCUGCCUUGGAGAGUUUUCCCCCUCAGCCCAACACUUUCACCAACUACCCUCCAGGACCAGGAAACCCCUUCCCCCUCCAGCCAGGCCUGCAUCCCCAGUUGGGCUGGCAGUAGAUACACAAUUCUGUUUGAAACACUGACUACACAAUCAAACCAUCCCUUAUUAUAAACCCCACCAUUCAUAAACGCUUUUCCUUCUGGCCUUGAACCAGAAUAAUUAGAGAGUUUAGUUCUGUUUAUGUUACAGCCAGAAUAACUUUCUUCCUGAAGGAACACUAUCAUGCAAACAGAUGAAGCAGUGUUAGGGCAAAGGCACAUGUCUUAAACUAUUCAUAGUGAACAGUUGUAAAUAUCAGUUGUUAGGUUUUACAAGUAGACUGUGAAUGGUUUUAAUGUUAGCUGGAUUUGGCUGUUUUUAUGAACAUUCAUUAGUGAAAUAUGAACUAUAGACAUUUUAAAUUGUACAUGAUUUCAUGUAAUGAUGCCUCAGUAGUCUAAGGUAGUAUUUAAUGUCCCAUCUCAGUGAAGACGACAUGAUACAAAUGAAAUGCCCUGAACUGAAGAUUGAAAAGUUGAUCAUGAAAGGAAAUUUUCAGACCAUUUAUCUCAGGUCAUUAGAUAUAUACAAAUGUAUGAAUGAAUGUAUUGUGUGAUACUAAAAAAUAGGGCAGAUGUAUUGUUUGACACUAAGAAAUACAGGUGGGAAACCAGAAGAGUGAAAUAUUUCAUGAUUUUUUUUUUUGUUUAAACCUCGAUGACUAUGGCUCCCAACUUACAAAAAACAAAAACCCACUAUCUCAAAAUAUUAGUAUAUUGUGGAAAAGUCAUAAUUUGCAAAGGUUUUCUGAGCCUUCAUUCUCUCACUCUGGUUUAGUACACACAACUGCAAUCAU